GAAAAAGAAGAUGACGCGACUCUUCUUAUUAUACGGCUCAGGCUGGUAUGUCCUGUUCCAACAACCAGACUGCAAUGACAUGAUUUGUAUGGGUUUUGGUAUAUUAUUUGCUUACCCAAAGUAAGUUGUCAUUAACUUGGCCAUACGUCACUGUGAGGCGGUACCCGGAGAGUGAAUCCGUGUCAACAAAUGGCGUCGACAAAUGACCCAUUCCAAUUUCAAGAAUUUGAAGAAGCUGGCAAUCUGUUGGAAGCCAACAGAAAUGCGACCACCAUUACGAUUGAAGAUGACAUUACCAAACCUGAGAAGCAGAGACAAGCUGCUGGUUUCUUAUCUGAUCGCGAUGACGAGGACAUACUUGCCAGUGAUGACAAGACAGAGCUUCUCUCUGGGCAAAAGAAAAGUGUCCCCUUCUGGACAUUUGAGUACUACCAAAGACUUUUUGACGUCGAGACCCAUCACGUGAAGGAAAGAAUCAUCGGUUCAGUGCUGCCAUGGCCUGGAAAGAAUUUCAUUCAUCUCUACCUUCGUAGAAAUCCUGAUCUUUAUGGACCAUUCUGGAUUUGCACAACCCUCGUGUUUGCUAUUGCCAUUAGUGGAAACAUAUCCAACUUUCUGGUGCACUUGGGCAAACCAAACUACAAGUACACCCCAGAGUUUCAAAAAGUGACGAUAGCUGCAACAGCGAUCUUCAGCUAUGCGUGGUUUGUGCCCCUUGCCCUGUGGGGUUUCCUGCUGUGGAGAAACAACAAGAUCAUGAACUUAGUGUCAUACUCCUUCAUGGAGAUCGUCUGUGUCUAUGGAUAUUCCCUUUCAAUUUACAUUCCAGCAGUGGUUCUAUGGAUUCUCCCGUAUGAAUGGCUGAGGUGGUGCACCAUAGUGGUGGCUCUCUGCCUCUCUGGCUCAGUUCUGGUGAUGACUUUCUGGCCUGCAGUCAGGGAGGACCACCCUAAAGUUAUUAUAGGAAUCAUGUCGGCCAUUGUUGUGCUCAACGCCCUGCUUGCGGUUGGCUGUAAGACUUAUUUCUUCAGCAAACCCGAAAAGGAACCACAAGUGGACAAUUCUGUUGCAAGAGAGAUAACAAAGCACCCUCUACGACAUGAACACCUUUCUUUUACUAAAGGUUCUCCGGUUGCCUUAUGAGAGGGAAUUGGGUUGCUGUGGUAAUGAAGUCACGGGCCGUCUGGAUUUCACCUGCACUCGGACAUUCUGGCUCAAGACCGUGGAACCCAGUGUGCGCUCUUGGUACAACUUCAUGACCUCUGAAAAUGAACACUGGUACCAACUAUAUUAUUUCUAAUGGGAUGGAUUCUAAGUUUCCUGAAAGAUUAAAGAGGUAUGGUUUACACAGCUGAUGUGAUCUUUUGUAGUAUAGUAGCUUUCUGCUUUAUGGUUCUAAUUGUUGAAAUGUUUAGACAAACAGUCUGUGGAGAAAUGUUUGUAGCAUCAAAGGCAUUUUGUAUAUGCAUUUCUUUUCUAUUCAGUUAAUGGGGACUUCUUAGUGUACAAAAUAUUCCAUAUGAACGGCACAACAAUUAUCUGUGUUGUUAACAUUUUUAAGGUUCAGACUUAUGUAUAAGUAAAGUCAUUGUAUUUUCCUCUAACUGAUUUAACCGCAAGUGCCCACAACUAAUGCCAAAGACCCAUUUUAAAUGUCCAAGGUAUUUACAACUUGGGAAACUUUUUUUAAUGAAUAAUUACCAAGUAGUUGAUCAAAUGUAUAAAAUUGAAUAUAUGUUAGUUCUCAAUGAGUGUUUCAUUGGAAGAAAAUAAAAAAUGGUCUUUGUGAGACCCACAUUUAUUAAUGAAACCAUCAAUAAUAAAGGUGUUAUCACAAUGA